AUGCGGUUGCUCCCUGUGCUUGCUCUGGCUGCCUGCCUUGUGCCUAGGUGCUUUGUUUCGGCUGAGAUCUCUCUCCCCGAGCGCCAUGAGUUGGGAGGCCUCGUAGUAAGAGAGGCUACUCCGAGCACCACAACGGCCACAGAAACUUUUAGCGAUACAGCAGCGAGCAAUUCGACGAAUCCUGAUGCCCUUCCCAUCCAGCCGACAGUCACUCCUGCCCUGGGCAUCGGUGGGUUUCUUCUCCUUGUCACGGGAGCAGUUCUUGCACUAAUCGGAAUUCGCAACUUGAGGGUCCAAGUCUUCCUGUCCACUGCUUUUCUGACUGGUCUUGGAGUUACGGUCCUGAUUGUCUAUGUCAUGAGCCCUCCUGUCCGAGUUGCUGUUCAGGGAGCGUAUCUCGUUGCUAUUUUCUUUACCGGCAUGACAUUUGGUGCUCUUGCGAUUGUAUUCAAGGAGCUAACCGAGGGCCUUGGCUGCCUGCUCGGGGGAUUCUGCAGUAGCAUGUGGCUGCUCUCCUUGAAACCAGGGGGGCUUCUCACAGACACCAAUUCCAAAAGCGGGUUCAUCGGCGCAAUCUCGGUCGCAUUCUAUGCCAUGUCCUUUAGCCACCAUACUCGCCCUUAUGGGCUGAUUGUGUCAACCGGUAUCUCGGGCGGUACCGCUGUUGCGCUUGGCAUCGACUGUUUUAGCCGGGCUGGAUUAAAAGAGUUUUGGCUCUACAUUUGGGGCCUAAAUGACAAUAUUUUCCCAUUGGGUACUAAUACAUAUCCGAUUACCCGUAACAUUCGUGUGGAACUCGCUACCACAGUCAUCAUCGCUAUCUUGGGCGUGGUCUCUCAACUGAGGCUAUGGAAAGUGGUUAGAGAACGUAGACGGCGAGAGAAAGAAAAGCGCGAUGACGAGCAGAGACAGAAAGAGCAAUCCGAGGCCGAGCUCGGACGAAGACUGGAAGAAGACAAUAUACAAGAGCGGAAAGAAUGGGAAGCAAAAUACGGGGACGCUAAGCCGGCGUCGGGCGAGUCAGAGAGCGCGGACGACACGAAGUGCCAUGCCGACGAGGUGGAUGCUAUGGAGAAGGGAGCUGGUUAUGACAUGAAGAGCAUCGUUAAUUCUUCUGACUGCUCCUAUCGUUGCUCCGAUUGCAGAGAAAGGGAGACGGAAGAUGCCGUUUCAGACGCGACAGGCGCGAGAGAAGGUGCUCAUGACCGGGAACAGACUGAGACAGCCAAGGAAACAUCCGACAAGAUACAGGAGGAAAGUGGCUCACUUCCCAUCAAAGUCUUUGAUGGUGCAGCUGCAGCCCAAAUCAAAGACGAUAAGAGCUCUGAUAUGACGGCCGUCAUUGGUUCAGACACUGCAACGAUACGCUCAAAGAGAGCAUCCGGGGCAUUUUGCAUGCCACGAGGUUCUCGAGGCAACGGCGUGCCCCCUUCUCAGUCCCGGGAGGUCUUGGGAUCCGUUGACGAUGGUACUUCAUCUGUGCAUGGCACCAUAGAUGAGGGUGGCAACCCAGAUUCUAAGUGCCUUGAAGUCCAGGGCGAGAAUCUCGAGAUGACGAAGGAAAAUCCCGAAUCAGAUGAGAAGCAUUCUAUGGCCGACGCUGAACGACAGCAGCCAGGGCAAGGGUCUCAUGACAAGCAAACACCUGUGGUCAACAAUGUGGACAAGGCCAUUAUCCCCAAGGACAACGAAGGGCAGUCAAUGGCAGCCAGCACAAAGAAACCCGAGAAGGAUGAUGCCAAAGAGGGCCUCCAUACGCAUUCACAUAGCCAAGCUUCGGAAGUAGCAUUGAUUGAGGCGAAUCAUGGGACUGCUGGUCAAGAUCCAGAUGUAGUCGCAGGCGAAGGAAAGACUGAAGGUCUCUCAUCACCCUCAGAUGAACCUCCGGUCGAGCCAAAGGACGAAGAAGGCAGACUGUCCACACACGUCUCCAAUAACGGAGACACCGAGAAAUCCGAACCAAAAGAUCACGACCGCGAUCAGCUCCAGACUGGAAACCCUGGAAAGCCCGACACUACCCCUGAUGUGCAAGAUCGAAGACCCCGUGGAGAACCAAGUCCAUCACAUGCAUCGUCUCAAAACGAAAUCGGAAAGAAACGAGAAGAUAGCCGUGGCAAACGCAAGUCUCCAGAGCCGCAACCUAGAAUCGAACAAGAGCCGGUGAAAGAAGAGCCCCCGAAGCUGAAUGAAGAGACGGUGAAAGAUCUUCCAAGGCGGACAUCAAGAGUAGUCCAGUCCUACCGCACAAACGAAUGGGCGAAACACCUGGCCGAUGCUGAAGCCCCCGAGCUGGAACCUAUCAAGCCAAUCGAAGAAGAACAACCAGAAUGUCCCCCCGAAGUCGAGGAAGCCGCAGUACCGGUCAACGUACUGGAACUAUUGCAGACACCGCUGAAUGCCCAGCCUCCGCCCGCUGUAGAGCCUCGCGUCCGAGAUCCACCAAGCAGGCGGAACAGUCGUCGGAUCUCCAGCGGCUCUCAGCUGCAUCCCUACUCCCACACCGAUCAAUCAAAGAAAAAGUCGUCCCAAUCCCCUCCUCCCACCGCCCAACCACGCUUCAGCAACGGAUACUCAAUGAGCGGACUGAUCGGAAAUGCCACAACACUAGAACAACCCCAAGAAGACACCGAGGCCACAAAGCCACAAUGGAAAGGCCCCGCCCCCUUAAUAGCAGUACGCGAAGACAUGAUGCGAAACCGGCUCUCAUCCUUCUCCCUCAGCAUGGAUCCUUUCGCGCGAAACAACCCAGGACACCCACCACCCGAAGGCUUACGACGAUCAUCUACCUGCCGAAUCCGCGACGAAGCAGACGACAUGCCACUCUCGCAACGUCGCGCAAUGCUCUACCAACAGACCGUUCCCAGCCCCAGCCCACUGCCAGCACAUACCCCCUACUCAACAUCAAGACGGAACCUCGGCAACGGACCAUCCCCGACCAACACACCAGCAGCCAUGGCUGCAUGGCGCGAAUCCGUCCAAGAGGACCUAAAGGAGAAGCGUAACCCGCUUGCCAAGCAGAAUAGUUCCAUGGUUUCUACAGGACACGAGCGCAACCCGCCUGCUUAUAGUCAGGCGCAGAGACACUCGAUUCAUAUUGGAAAUGCGAUCGCUGAAGGUAUGCAGCGCGGGGAUAUGAGUGACUUGCACCGGGAAGCUAUGCGUCGGAUGCAAGCUAAGGCUAAUAAAAAUGUGAAGGAGGCGUGACGUCGUACGGGGGUUGGGUACCCGCCGUUUGAG